CGCAAACAUUCAUUUUGAGGCCAGCUGCCCUGUAAGGCAAUAUACCCCCCAUACGAUGCCAGCUUUUCCAAUGCGCCCUGCUUGACUCGGGGAAAAUCCAUCUAUAUGAGGCAUUAUCUUACGUUUGGGGCUCCCAGGAUGCUAAAAAGUCCCUCAUCUUACACGAUCAUGAACUCUCCGUCGGACAUAACCUGCACGCGGCAUUGUCGCAUCUUCGGGGUGGGUUCGUCGAGCGAAUCAUCUGGAUCGAUGCCAUCUGCAUCAACCAAGAGGACAGAGCGGAGAAGGGACACCAAGUGCAGUCAAUGGAAAAGAUUUUCGCCAAAGCGAAUUGCGUGAUCGUUUGGCUGGGAGAGGCCCGAGGGAACACUGAUGAGGCGCUGGAGGAUUUGUUCCUCGCAGCCAGGGCUUUGGACGAGGAUCAGAGUCCCCCCAAAGACAUUAAUAAACCUGGGAUUGUGGAAUUGCUCCAGCGGCCAUGGUUUGAGCGGAUCUGGUGUGGCUCUGCCGAGAUUGACGGGCAGGUUUUCUGCUCAGGACUAGCUGCCUUGAAAUUAUCCUAUCCAGGCAAAUCUACGUCCCUAGCAGCUCUCGUCAGUUCCGCAACUUACCUCAUGAGAGGUGCUGCAUUUCGGCCUAGGUGGAUAAACAAGGGACCGGGCAGGUUUUCGCUGGGCAUACGCCCUUUGGCCGAGCUGAUUGAGCUACACCACAGCCGCAAAGCCACCGAGCGCCACGACAAGAUUUAUGCGCUGCUUGGUAUGGCUCAUGAUUUCAGCGAUGCGCAAUUACAAGUCGACUAUGAGCUUCCGUGGAGCAAACUCUUCCAGAAUUUUGUCAAGGCAAUCACUUCCGAAGAGGUGCAAGUGGACAAUUGGGACGAUAAGGAGACGGCUAUCAUGAAAGGGCUCGGCCACGUUCUCGGCGAAGUCACGGAAGCUGAGGGAGAUGCGGCUUCGACCAAUUUGAAAAUCCGGUGGAGCUCCUACGUCACCAAGGCCUUCAAGUUGGGAACAGCUUCAACGAGAGCUGACUGGACACUCCCGUUUGCGGCGACACCUAUCCGCCGUGGAGAUGUUGUAUGCCUCUUUCAAGGAGCCUCGAGGCCGACAGUCAUCAGGCCAUACAAAGAUUAUUGGGCAGUUAUAAGAAUCUCAGUUACGGCAACUGACAGAGUCGCAAUGGUGAUCCCAACCAUCGAGUGGCCCAGGGAUCAGGCAACCCACCUUUUGCUGGUUUGGGACUGGGACAUGUACCAAAAAGAACUGCAACUUGAGGACUACUGCGAAACGUAUAAGAAGCGUCGGGGCUUGGAGUUUCCAAAUGCAGAGCAAGAAGAUUUCCUGGAUAGAGUAAUAAGGUUGCAGAACCUUGGGAUGGGAUUGCAAGACGCGGAAAGAGUUGAAGACGGGUCGGAGAGUGCUCGCGCGAUAGUUGUCAAGCUGCUGCUUGACUUCAAUGAGGUUGACCCAAAUCGCGACAACUUCGACGGCAACAGCGCGCUUAUGUGCACGGUCAUCAACAAACAUGAAGCGGUCGUCAAGCUGCUGCUCAAGAGUAGCAGAGUCGACCCGAACGCUACCAACCUCGACGGCGGGUCGCCGUUUUAUGGAGAAUCGCCCGUAUGGCGAGCGGCAUAUGAGGGGAAUCUGUCGAUUUUCACAAUGCUCAUCGACAGCGGCAGGAUAGACAUCGGCAGCCAGCAGAAAUAUCGGGGGUCGCCCUUGAUGUACGCGGCGAAGAGGGUACAUGAGGAUAUUGUCAAAAUGCUGCUUGAAACCUGCAAGGUCGACCCCGACGCCGUGGGAGAGUGCGCGGCAACGGCGCUGUCCUGGGCUGCAGAGAGCGGGCAGGAGGCGAUUGUCAAGAUCCUACUUGAUACCGGUAGAGUCAAUCCGGACGGCAAAGACAACUUCGGAUGCACGCCGCUAUUUCAAGCAGCAAGCAACGGACACCACGGGGUUGCUGAGCUCUUGCUCUCCAACAGCCAGGUCAACCCGGAUGCCCGAGCCAAGGAUGACAAAACGCCACUGUGGACAGCGGCGGCCAACGGGCAUGAAGCUGUCGUGAGGUUGCUCCUGUCCACCGGCAGGGUCAAUGUAAAUGCCCGCCUAAACGGCCGCUAUGAGGACGGCAGAACGCCACUAUGGAUAGCGGCAUGCCGAGGGCGCACGGCAGUGGUCGAGUUGCUGUUCAAUGACCCGGGAAUCGACAAGAAUCCGCUAGGGCGUGACAUAUCGCGACCUGAUAGGGGGAGGACUCAGCAUAUGAAACCCAAAAUGCUGUGGCCGCUGCAGAUAGCAAAAAAGGAGGAGCAUCGGGAUGUUGUCAAGCUGCUGAAAGGCUAGCCUCUCUCCAGGUUUGUUGGGGUUUUGAAUUCCAUGUCAAUGUCAAGGGGUCAAAGUAAUUAAGGGACGAGGGAGAGAUAAUAGCAUCACAAGGUGAGGUGAAGCGGAGGCGACGAUGAUUUGGGCCAUAUGAUCAUGUUGAUAAGCCAGAAGAAUUGU